AUGACUCCAUUCAAAGCACUCUAUGGUCGAGACCCCCCUUCCCUUGUUAGAUAUGAACUCUCUCAUGAGGAUGAGCCAUCCUUGCAGGAACUACUAGUAGCUAGAGAUAAAUUGCUUGAUCAGCUUAAACUCAAUCUUGGCAGAUCGCAACAAUUCAUGAAGCAUUUUGCGGAUAGACAUCGACGCCACUUAGAAUUUCAAGAAGGUGAUUUAGUGCUAGUCAAAUUGCAUCCAUAUCGCCAACACUCGGUGGCACUGCGGAAGCAUCAGAAGCUGGGAUUGCGUUAUUUUGGCCCUUUUAAAAUUGGGAGAAAAAUCAGUGAGGUAGCCUAUCAGUUGGAAUUGCCGCCAGAAGCCCGUAUCCAUAAUGUUUUUCACAUAUCAACACUCAAGAAGUUUCGUGGUGACCAAGAAUCACAGUAUCUACCACUGCCGUUAACUACAACGGAACUCGGACCAAUCCUGGAGCCUUAUCGGAUUUUAUCCCAACGCUCCAUUUUGCGCGGUGACAAGGAAAUUUUACAGUGGCAAAUUCAGUGGGGACAAGGGGCUGUCACAGAAACGAGUUGGGAGGAUGUUGAUCAAUUCCUCAAGCUCUUUCCUGCAUUCAACCUUGAGGACAAGGUUGCUCUUGAUGAGGAGAGUAAUGUUAGGCGUAGGAAUGAGGAAGAGCACAUAAAUAAAAAGCUUACAACUUCAGAAGAAAAUAUUGUUACAACAGAAGGACAGCUGGCACUCAAUCAGCAUGAUGAGGGUCCAAGAAGGAGCACUAGAGAGAGAACUAAAAGCAAGAGGCUGGGUGGUUAUGUGGAGUAG